AUGCCCAUUAACAUUUGGACUCACGGCUCGUCCUCGCCGGUCAAGGGCACCACGACUCCUAACCGCCGUCGCGGCUCCUCGCCCACCAGCAACAACAACAGCAACAGCUCCUCUCCUUCCCGCCUCAUCGCCGCCGAUGGUCGUGCUGGUAUUGGCAUUUACUACGAAGACGGGCAUUACCGACACCACAAUCUGAGCGAGCAGGUUCUCGCGCCUCGUACUGACAAUAGUCACUGGGCUGAGCUCUACGCCCUGAAUCGUCUCCUCGAUGCUGCCCCCUCUGCCAACCUAGUCAUCAAGUCAGACAAUGACUUUGCUGUCAAACCACAUCAACUCCCCUCGCCGCCCAGCGUCACGAGCACAGUGCGCUUCACCGCCUUCGAGGACGAGGCUCCUGCCACCCUUGAGCUCAUGGCUGACAUCAAAAAGGCAGUCAAGCAGCGUCGCUCUGCUGGCCACACCGUCGAAUUUGUCCACGUCGAGAAGCCGGGCAAGGAGAUCAAGAAAGCAGCCAAGCUCGCUGAGGACGCAGUCCGCCGUGCUGCUCAGGACAGGCAGGUCCCUGUCCCUUACAUCAACGCUCACUAA